CCACAGCGAGGCUUGUCGCGCGUUACCGACAUUUGUACUAUACCCCUGGACACGACACGCGGAGACGUGUACAUACUGGUGGAGAUACAUACAUAGACGAGUGAAGCUCACCACGAAGGCUGCCCUCGCCGUCUCGCCUCGCCCCCACCGUCGGCUGAAGUCGCGCGGGGCGAGUUUUUGGAUCUGAGACUGACUUCACACCACCCGACGACACCUUUGCGAGCGCGGCGGCCAGUCGUGCGCAGCCUCGAUGUCGUUACUCAACUCACAACACGCGGGAAAGACCACGGCGGCCAUCCCACGUCGCCAGCAAGUCCCCCCACCUCGUCUCCGCCGCCGUCGGCUCAACAACUCACCAACUCGCGGGGGGCGAGUUUCUGGUCUUCAAGCUGACAUGGCAACACCCGACGACGCCUUCGUGAGCACGGUGGCAAGUCCCGCGCGACCUCGUCGUCGUUAUUCGAACUCACGGCAUGCGGGAGCGGCGAUGGCGGCAGGCCCCUCGCCGAUUCUGACGUCGCGCGCAACUCGCCCCGAUCGCAGCUCACGCUUUACGACGCGGGGAAAGUCGCCCGUCACUGACUCGCGCUCGCCCAGUCCCUCGCAGACCCCCGCACGGCGAAUGGAGGGCGCGCGACUUGGUGCGAACCUAUCAAAAUGCGCCCCCACCUCCCCCUCUCACGCCGACUGCACUCGCCGCACCUCCCAACUCGUCCCACCGUGCACGCUCGCAAGUGCCCUCGCAAGCGACUCCAUUCCCGCGACGUCGAGAAGACGGCGAACGUGUGAUUUUGGCGGUGAGAAGACGCUUUCGCGCGCAUCCCCCCGCUCGCACAACGCCUCCUGCUUGCACGGCUCAGCAAGAGAGGAGGAGAAGAGAUGGGAUACUCACCUAGCGACAUCGACGACGUCCCCACCACACCUCGCAAACCUCACAAGCGCCUGCGCGAUGCUCGAGCUCGUCAGCAAGCAAGCCCGCCCCCUCCCCCCACCUCACGAAAUUCGCACUCACCUCGCAAAGCCCGCCACGCCUCCGCGCAAUGUGCGCGAACGACGCCGCUCCCUGCGGGCGAUUCCGUGGACCGACGCGGCGCGGCGACGAUACUCACCUCAUCGACGGAGGAGAUGCCUUCCCCCUCCCCCCUCCUCUUCGACGUGGACAGAGUCGCACCCACGUCACAGAGCACAACGGCGCUCGUCGCGGGCUAUGCGGCUCGCGUGAGGGGUGCUCCGAGGGUGGGCUUGCACCUGCACAGUCGUCAGUAACGUCUCAAAUAAC